AUGAAUAGUUAUUAAUACGACAAUGCUCUUUUUACCGUUUAAGUCGCAAGAAAGCAUUUCUUCUCUGAUAAGUUUUAUUAACUUUACUUAUUUCAAGAUGAAAUAGUCAUGACUGAUGUAUACUCCAUUUGAUAACUCUAGAAUACUUUAAGAUAACCAAAAUACACAAUUAAAUUAAAUUUGACUACUACAAUCAAUUGGAUUGUACAAGAAAACAAAAUACUAGCAUUUUCAUUUACAUAUAAAAAUACAGUUAAACCUUUUUAUGCUCCAAAAUUACAACUUUUGAAAGAAAUGAUUGCUGGAAGAGUAUUUUAUACUUCAAUCAAUGAAUUUUAUUAAAUUUAAAUGCUAGUAGGUAAUGGAAUGUCAGGAGAAGUAUAUUAAUUAUAUAUUUCAAUUUAGGUCUAUAGAUGUGUCUCUAAUGCUGGAGAAUAUUUUGCAGUUAAAAAAUGUGAAAAAAUGAAAUUAGCAUCUCAUGAAGGAGGAAUUGUAAUUAUAUCUUCCAUUUCACUAGCCUCAAUUAAUACAUGAACUCUCAUUAUUACAAUCUCUUUAACAUCCAAACAUCUUAAAAUUAAAGGAGGUCUAUACUGAUGAAUCAUAUUAUUAUAUUGUUACAGAAUUUAUUGAAGGUAGAGCUUUAAGUACUGAAUUACAAUCUCGACCAUAUGGAUUAAGUGUUGCUGAAACUAUUAAAAUUAUGCUUUAAAUUCUCGAUGCUCUGAUAUACAUAUCAGAAAGAGGAAUAAUGCACAGAGAUAUUAAUCCCCAUAAUAUAAUGAAGUCAGAUCCAAUUAAAUUAAUUGAUUUUGGAUUAGCAAGAAAAAUUAAAAAUCAAUUAAUAUUUCCAACUUCUGGUACUCCUGGCUAUAUAGCACCAGAAAUUAUUAAUUUUAAUAAAGAUAAAUUAUAUGAUGAUAGAGCCGAUGUCUAUAGUUUAGGAUGUGUACUUUAUAAAUUGUAAUCUAAAAUAUUUAAUAUUUAGAUUAACUGGAGAAAAUCUCUUUCAUAAACAAAAAAAUAUCUUUUAAGAAAAUAAAGAGGGUAUUUAUGAAUUAAGAAAAAAUUAUUAACAUCCUGAAAUUCAUACUACAAAAAUGGAAUAAUUAUUUAUUUUAUUACCUUAUAUGUUAGAAAAUGAUCCUAAUAAUAGAAUGACAGCUAAAGUAUGUAAAAUUGUAAUCUAAGAGAUUGAUAAUAACAAUUAAUAAAUUGAAAAAUUAAUCAAGAAACUUGUGAUUUUCAAGUAUUUUUAACUUAGUACUGAAGAAACACAUAAUGAAAAUAAAACUCCACAUAGUAUAUCUUCUCAUAGUCAUAAAAAUAAAAAGUAAUCAAUUGAUAUCACUAAAAAAUCUGAUGACAUUUCUAUUAAAGGACAUAAAAAAUAAUAAUAAACUAUGGGUAAUCUAAAUUCAAGUUUUUAUACUAAAAAAUGA